AUGAAACUGGAGGAUGCGUUCUCCAAAGAUGAGGUUUACGAUGAGUAUGACAAACCAUCUGAUGAGGAAUGGGUGAAGAUCGAGACUUUUAGCAAGCUCGUUGGCUGUAUAUAUAAAGUGGCGGUGGAGCUUUUCGAGGGUGGGUAUUCGACGUCUAAUGUCUACUUCCACCUUCUUGCAGAGCUGAAGGUGAUAUUGGAGAAGGAGCUGGAGGGUGCUGAUAGUGAUUACUUUCGUUGCAAAGCUAAGGGGAUGUUGAAGAGGUUCGAUAAGUACUGGAAUCAGAUGUUUUUGGUUUUGGCUAGUGCUUGUGUGUUGGAUCCGAGGUUUAAGUUGAAGUACGUUGAGUUUUACUGCUCGAAGAAGAUUGAGAAUGAUGAGGGAUCAAAUGCUGAAACUGUUUUGGACUAUUUGCGCAAAUUUCUCAAGUUCGAAGGAUCAUCUCCGAGAGAGUUUGGUGAAUCAGAGCUUGAUGCCUACCUCAAAGAACCGGUUAUGGAGUGGAACAAAGACUUCAAAGCGUUGGAAUGGUGGAGAGAAGAUGGAGGUCACAAGUAUCCAAUACUCUCUCGAGUAGCUCGUGACAUUCUCUCAAUUCCCAUCUCACGAGUCACGUCCUACGAUGCUUAUGUUACUGGCAAAAGAGAGCCUCCUGCGUUCGUCGUCUCCUUGGAAGCCAAAGUUGCUAAUGCCAUGAUGUGCAGCAAAAAGUGGUUACGACUUUGA